CAAUGUUUUAUAGUGUCGAUGAUUGCAUCUAAAUGGACUCUAGCUCAAAGAAUGACCAGCCUGCAGACGCUAGUGCCUCGGCUGCAGCCCUGCCCACCGCUAAUGCAUGCACACCUGCCGGCACCAGCAUGCACCUGGCAACACCUGUGUACCCCUGGUGGCAGUACCAGCAUGUGCAGAUCGGCACCCUGUUCAAGGACCGGGUUUUCGUCCGAGGCUUCGACCCAGAUUGCUCAGAGCAGGAACUGAGAGAAUUCUUCACCCAGUUUGGGGCAGUCCGAGACACAAAGAUCAUUGCUGAUAGGGCAGGGGUCAGCAAGGGCUAUGGGUUUGUGACCUUUGACAGCCAGGAGGCAGCAGACAAGGCACAACAGAAUGACAACCUCAUGUUCAAAGACAAGCGAUUGAAUGUCGGCCCAGCAAUUAGAAAGCAGGCCCCAUCACUGCCAUCACCAUUCAGACCAGAGUCAUCCUGUUCCCCUUACCUGGUGGACAUUGGUCCCGGUUCCCAGUCCUUUGUGAACAACCGGAGUCUGCCUUACGGGUACAUGUGUCCUGACAGCUUCCUGCCUCAACAGACAGUAGUUGGUCCGUCCGUGCCUCCAUCGUUGAGCCCAGCUCCCAUCAUGUUGCCGGCGGGACCUCCAGCCCACCAGCCGUGUAACAUGUACGUGCCACAGGGCCAGCCACACCAGUCUUACUACCCAAACACUGCUGCAGGCCAGCAGUACAGUACAUCUGGCAGGGAGUGGGCUCCACAGUCUCCCCCAGCUGCCAUGCAGGCUCCCCAGCCCGUGACCUUUGAUGGCUACGGUCCUGUGUACCAGGAGAUGGUUCCUGUUGAGAUGUCCUCCUUCCCCCCAGGUCGUGUUGUGAUGACAGCGCCGAACCUGCCUCCAGAGGCUUCUGGGUACAUCUCCAUGUCGGGAGUACCCAUCAUGCAGCAGGUACAGAAGGUGAACCCGCCGCCUGUACAGCCUCCACCUCCUCCUGUCUACACUCAGCACACCAGGAGACACACGAACUUCCAUGGCCCUCCCCCGACGCGCAGAUUUCCUAGAAUCGGCACGGGACGCCCCCGAUGCAUGCCGGUGCGACCUGUCAUGGAGGCAGGGAAGUCAGCCCCCCAGGAGGGACAACCAGUCCCCACCCUAACCCCCCCUCCUACCCCUACCCCCUCCAUCAACAACUAGUACCCCCCUCUGUCAACAACUAGUACAUCCACCAGUGUUUCAGAUAGAAACAAAACUACAGUCAAACCUGUACUGAUGAUCACCUCCACGUAAGGACCAUCUGGUCAAUGUGACUGACCACAUUUUGCUUGUCCCUUAGAUACUAUUUCCCUUUGACACAAGCAUAAAGAAUCCUGUCUAUAGUGACCACCUGUCCACAUCAGCCAGAUUUUAUCGGUCCUAAGUGGUCUUCUUGGGCAAUUUGACUGUAUAACUUUUUUCGUUGUGGAAUUGGCUCUGUGUUCAACAAAUUGUUGGUCUUUUUUUGUAAGGGCAUGGCAUAUUGCCAGAAUGACAUGUACUGACGAACAUUUAUUGAAGUCAAUACAAUGUGUCAAAUGUGCUAUUAGAGUUGUCCUAUUGUGAAUUUAUGACCCUGAAGAACACAAUAUUACGUGCCAUGUAGUGACUGUGCAUGCCCAAAACCUUUCAUGUGUAAAAGGGAGUUUGCUGUUGUAGCAUCACCACUUGUGUAUCAUCAUCACUUGUGUAUUUUGUGAGAAAAGAAGUGCCUUCAAAAUAUGUUGUAGUUUUCUUCACACAGAAGAUACUGACUCAGAGUAAGCCUAGUUAACCUCCAUUGUUUAACGGUUGAGGUAUAUAUACAUGUAGUAAGAUAAAGAUAUUAGGGUAAGUACAGACAACUGUUCGUCUGCAUUUUGACUCAGUGCUAUCAUAGCACACGCCUGCCUUCUAGAAAGAGUAGUCUUGGUUGUUGCUAUAUAUACGUUUAAUAGCAAAGUUCAUGUUUCUGUCAUGUUAUCCAUAUACACUAGACUUUGUGUUCUUAUUGUUAGUCUUACUUCAAUUGUAUUGCAGUACAGAUACUGAUAUUUUCAAAUAUCGGAACAGAUGAUGUAGGUGUAAAUGAAUGCAUGGAAAUUAUUUCAUAGCCAUGGAAAUUCAUGUUCUUUGUAAAUGAUAAAUGAAACAAAUCCUUAUGUAAUACAAAUCUAGCUUUUAGAUUACAUCUAAUGAGUUGUAGACUCAAGUUUGAGUAAAUGGGUAAAUUUUCAUUUGAGUAUUUGAUAGUGUAGAGUUGUCA